ACAAAAGUUUAUUUUGCUGAGAUUUUCUCAGGAAGACUAAUACUGAGUAGGGCAUAAUUGCAAAGUGGAAGAAAUAAGAUAUAUUCAGAUCUACCAAAUCAUCUCCGUCCACCUAAACUGACGGCGUCGCAAAGAGCAACAGUCAGGAAGACAACAGUAAUUCCUGGGUAUCGCUGGAGAUCCACUGCUCAGGUGGAAGAAUAUGUUAUGAUUGGUUUGUCCUUCAAAACUCUGGCUUUCAUCAAAGAGUGGUACUAAAAAAGACAUCAGAUCUACUGCCUAAGAAAGUAGAAGGUGCUCUGGUCUGACAAGAAUGUUUUUAACUACAUGCAAAAUACUUUGGCUGAACAUAGUAUUGUGUCUUGUGCAGUUCUCAGAUCAGAAAUUUAAUUCUCAACUUAUUCAAUUAUCAAAUCAAUGUGUCUUUUGUCCACAUCAAAGAAGCAGUUUCUCAUUUCUUUGAACAAGUUGCAAAUGCUUGAGAACAUCCAUGCAAGUGAUUAUGUACAGUUCUCUGCUGUUUCACACAUUUUCAAUUGCUAAUGUCAUGAUGAUCAAAAUGUAUUAUAGGGGCCUCUGUUCAAUAAGCUGAAGCUCCACAACCUACGUUAAUCGUGUCAGUCUUAACAUGCAAAAUGCUUGAACAACUUGUCGUAACACGUCAAGGAUUCUUCUAAAUCUGUCCUUAAUUGGGAAGUUGCUCCCAGGUGAAUCCUGAGUUACUCAGAGUAAAUGUCUGAAGCAUUAGAUCAACCAAUGAUCUAAUGGUUGAUUGAGCUAUGUCAGUUUUAUGACAUAGCUCAAAAGUACAUCACAUGAACUGGGAAAUAUACGGUUUACAUAGCCAGACCACAACACAAUGCUACAUUUUUGACAAUGGAAGGACAAGGAUUUGAAUGGGGUCAACAAUCAGAGAUAAUAAUCAAUUUUGGGUCUACAAAAUUGAUUCAGUGGGGCUGAAUGAAGAUAGAAUGAUUUGGUACAAGACAAAUUAUGGUAAUGUAAUAAUUUCUUAUUUGUUACACAAAAAGGCAAGAGCCAACCUAAAAAUAUGCUUAAUUUACCCUAAGAAGAGACAUUUAAUCAAUAAAUAAUUCUACUUCAUAGUAUCCAGGAAAGGGGAAGAAAUCACAAAUAACCUUCUGAAGUAGGAAACUGUCUCCAUCUGGUGGCGUAAACAUGUCAUUACACCUUAAUCGACGAAAUUCAGUGUCUUGAAACAAAAGGUUGUUUUGUUUUUUCUCCCACAUAUUUUUUACUCAGGACUGAUCAAGUGGCGUCGCUACAGUUUCACUCUUGCAACUGUUGUGUUGUAAUCCAGAUUCAUGGCAUCAGCCUCGAUUCGCUCAGUUCUCAGUUCAGUUCACUGCGUUUCAAUGCAUCCUGCUGGUCAUUAUACCGCACAGGCCGGUCACUGUCACAAUCUUUGCUGGAUGAUAAAUUGUUCUCCACAAUCAUCGCGAAAAGCCAUAAUAUCGUCGCUUUUGGACUAUAUUCAGGUUUAUAUAUUAUUGCGCGCAGCAAUGCAGGUUCGACCACCCAAGCAUAAAAAUAAAACUGGGCUGGCUCUUCCCCUUCUCCGAGUCUCACCUGGAGACGAGCCCCCAUUCCCCACCCCCACCUGUAAGAAGCAGACCCGGCCGCGCGCGCCACGCCUCUCCUGGAUGUGUGAGCCCCUUUCGUCCGGACCGGGGGUCGAGACGAUGCUUUGACCGACACUAUGCGGGGUCUGCUGACGGUUCUGGGUCUGGUGUGCCACACUGAGUCGAUGUGCUCGCCGACCUCCUACUACAAGAACUGCUGGAUCCGUCGGUUCCCGGGGAUCUCCAUCGACGUGGAGGCGUCUCAGAGGAGAGGAGCGCAGCUGCUGAGGUCCUACCCGGAGGACACGGCGCUGGAAUGCAGCCGCCGAUGCUGCCUGGCCAGAAACCGUGAGCUGCGUUUGUGCAGUUCUGUAGUGGUGGGGGGUCAGGGAGGUGCUGCUGGCCGCCUUCACUCAUGCUGCUCCGUUUCUUCUCCUCUUCCAGUUUCCUGCAAUCUGGCCGUGUUUCACUUUGAUGCCGCGAACUGCGUCCACCUGCACUGUCCGAGUCUGGAGAGUUGCAUCGUGAGUCACAGGGAGAACGUCGUCCUCUACAACAUCACAAAGGGUGUGGAUCCUGAUCUGCUAGUGUUUGGGAAACACUUUACCUCCAACAUCCACGUUUUGCCCCACCACUACAGCAGAGUGAACGCCUCAGAUCCACUGCCCUCAGACAAGCGAAACUUCAUCCAUCCGCCUCCUCAUCCCGUGCGGCCUCCCACCGCCGCGCCCUCUGUGGAGCCAUUCGUCCCACCGACUCCAGCGGACGCCACCACGGCGCAGCAGCGCACAACUGAUCCCACAACUAAAUCGGCCUUCACCGAACAAACCUCCCCAUCCUCCGACAGUCAUGUCCACACAGCAAUCCUGACGACUGCUGCAAGAUCUGCAGAGUCGAGCAUCGCCACAUCAAACUCUGUUACAUCUCCAACCUCCGUUGACCUGGAGACGCCUCCGGGGUUCUCCACAACAACCGCAAAACCCUUCACAUCCAUCCCAGCCACCACCGUUCACAAGGUGACCAGCAGCGCUUCAGCGACCACAACUCUCACAGGUGAGACAGAGCACGGCAGCGCAGAUGUCACCGCCGGGGGCAACUACGCCGCAGGCGGCGAUGAAGGUCAGGAAGUCGGUGAGGACGACACGGUGGAAGAGCUGGGGUCUGGGUGGCAUGUGGCUGCGCACACCCUGCUGGUCGCUGUGGCCAUUUGCGUCACACUGCUGCUGAGCUGCUGCUGCUCUGUGCUGCUGGUGGUGAGCUGGAGGGGCCAGAGGAAGAGGAUGGACCGCUAUCGCACAUCGUGGAGAGGGAAGCGAGCUUCCAUGCGUCUGAUUAAGUAUGUGCUGGUGAAAGAGAACUCCUGAAACACAGAAGUGGCACUUCCUGUUAUUGUUUUGUAGGAAGAAAUGAGGCGAUGCUUAACCGCAGUAGGCAUGGGCCUCCUAGUUCCAGACUCCUUAGAAGUUACCAAACCGCUACAAUUUAACAAGAUGUGAACGUUUUCUUUGGCUGCAUGGAGUAACAUAUCGUCACGCUGCAUCGACAUUCAUUUAUUCUAUUGUAGACACGCAGGAACAAAAUGUGAAGAUUCCUAAAUAGAAAAGAGGCUGGACAGAGCUGUCUUUUUGGUUUCAUAGCUGACAGCCAUGUUGAAACUUUGCUGCACGUCAGUUUAUUGUAUGACUUUAAUAAAAACACAGAUUACAGACAGAAUGUCAUCCAAGAGGGACAAAAUGUUUCAGGAAGCAUCUUUCCUGAUGAGCAUGACAACAUUUAAAGCUGAUUCUUUAACUGAAUGGAUCUCUUAUGAUGAAAUCUUUCCUGCUUUAAAGAAAAAACUCCAACAGUUGCUUA